AGUUACUAUCAAUUUACGUUAUAAUAAAUCCAGGAAUUCGCAUCAGUAUUUACCAUUUAAUUUCAAUUAAAGCUACAAUAAAACCGGGAAUUUGUAGAAAUAAUUACCAUUUAUUUUCAAUUAACACUUCCAUAAAUCCAGGAGUUUGCAGUAAUAAUUACCUCUUAACUUCAAUCAAAGCUUCCAUAAAUCCAGGAGUUUGCAGCACUAAUUACCUCUUAACUUCAAUCAAAGCUUCCAUAAAUCCAGGAGUUUGCAGCAAUAAUUACCUCUUAACUUCAAUCAAAGCUACCAUAAAUCCAGGAGUUUGCAGCAAUAAUUACCUCUUAACUUCAAUCAAAGCUACCAUAAAUCCAGGAGUUUGCAGCAGUAAUUACCUCUUAACUUCAAUCAAAGCCACCAUAAAUCCAGGAGUUUGCAGCACUAAUUACCUCUUAACUUCAAUCAAAGCUACCAUAAAUCCAGGAACUCAAGCCGCCGUCAUGCACGAGCUCCGCGUCUCCAUCGGUAUCAUGGCUACGGUGCUGGGCCUCGGGCUCGCCGCGGCAUCCUAUCCAGACAGCGCCAACGUCUUUUUAACCUCCUCUGCUCCGCUGAGCUGUGGGACGCGAACUUCGACUUCCGUGAGAUUCAGGACCUUGGUGGUGCCGGGACCCUCCUCAGUAGUGACGUACCGACGCUUGGGGGUGAAGGCUAGCGAUUUGGCCGCUGCCGUCAAUGAGACCAAAGCGAUAACAGCAACGGACGUGGUGCAGUGUGCGAAGAAGGCCGCCUUGGCAGGCAUGGCUGGGUUUUCUUUCAAUGGAACCUGCACCGCUUACAAGUUUGGCUCAAAACUCUGCUCAUGUUCGCCGGGCGAGGAAGUCGUUUACGUGACCAACGCCAGUGCAUUCUUCGGACCUCCAUCAGCCGUGCCACUCAGCGCAGCGCCCUACAUCAACACCACUGUCGAAAACAUCCCAUUUAAGCAGUACCGCAUCUUGAAGUUCGUCGCUGAUGAUGCUGAGGUGGAGGUCUUUUCGUCAGCUGGAGUUGCUCAAUACUUUGCCUUUGAGGCCUACUUCAUUCCUCGAGAUGAUGGCAACUACUACGGAGUUCCUGUAGCUGUCUUGGACUUGGCAUAUUGCGUCACCGACUCGUCAUGCGGGUUGCCCGUGCUUGUCUACGCAACGUACUCAACUUACUACAUACUGAACGAAUGCGGCAACACCAUCACACUCACGGCUUCGCCGUCCCAUUUUUACGUAACGGCGUUCUCGCACCCUGGGUACGGCUGCAAGGCGUUCCCCGACGGCCCGACCUACAACUGCAGCGUCACCUUCACGGCAGCUUCCAAUUUUUCACUUGGCCUCUUCGGAAGACACUUUAUUGGCAGUGACGGGUCUUGCGACGGCUACAAUCUUACCGCUUCUUACGGCGCUACGCAAGACGCUAACUUCUGCAUCCCCAAACUUGAAAUUCACAGGAUUCGCUCGGUAACACUCACGCUGCGGGGUGCGGCGCUGGCCAACACUUUCAAGGGGGGCUUCGUCUCGGUAUUCCAAUUGUAUUAAUAAAUGUGCGUCGUUUGCUCUCUACCAAUGUCGGCGCCCGGCUUGACCUGGAAUAUCUGCUGCACUUUGAGUUCAUUUCACGUGGUGACACUGAAACAUUGAUGAAGAACCCUCGUAUCUGGAGAGGAUGCCAGGGUCCUAUGCCCACAGGAUGACAGGGUCCCAUGCCCACAUCGUAUCUGGAGAGGAUGCCAGGGUCCUAUGCCCACAUCGUAUCUGGGGAAAAUGCCAGGGUCCUAUGCCCACAUCG